AUGAGAAAAAGGAGGCAGAAAGAAUCAGACAACAUACCAAUCCACCCGAAAAAAUUAUAAACAAACCUGAAAAGGUGAUAGAAAAACCUGAGAAACAGGGCACUAAUGAUAGAGGAAGGAAUAAACAUGUGGUAAGAGAUAUCAACAAAAGAACAAGGAGAACACUCAAGUAGGGAACAAUGAUGUUUCUACCAAUAAUACCAAGGAUACAGUGGUGAAAACCAAGCAAAUUAACAAUGAUCCAGAAGGCAGUAAAGGAAAAAUAUUAUAAAGUCAAGAAUUACCUUUACUGAAUGAUGUAAAUGCUGAGGAUCAAAUUCACAAAGAGCGAGAUAUAGUAGAGAAUUUAAAACUUCAUAAAAAAAAAUGGAGGCUAUUGGCAGAAAAGUUAUAGAGAUUAAAGAUCAUAAUGAGCUACAAGUUGAACUAUUUGGAGGGGAAUGGAAAGAAUCAGGAAACAAAAAAUUCAAGCAGAAAUCAGGAAAGAAUAAUGAUAGUGCAAGUAGAAAAAUGGAUAAAAAUGCCAACAAUAUAGCUACUAACGCUAUUAUUACACAAAGUACUUUUGAUGAACUCAUGGAGGAAGUUGCUAUUGCUAUUGCUUGUAACAACAAAGAUAAUACUGAACAAAGAAGAGAAUCGGGAAUACUUGCAAUGAAGGUGAUUUGGAAAAAAUAAGCUAAUUGGCUGAUAGAUCAUCCACUGAAGAAGAAAACACCUCUGAUGAAUCAUCGGAAUAUGAAGAAAGUGAAGAAGAUGAACAUAAGGAAAAGGACAGUGAACAAGAGCAGAGAUCAAAAGCAUAAGAGAAGCAGGUUUCUAUUAAAAAAGAAAUCAAAUUCCCCAUAAAUGGUCAGAGGAAAAAGAGAGAAGUGGUGUGCAGAGAUUCUCCAAUUACAAGAAAACAAGGAUUGAAAUUACAGAACCCCUCAACAUCCUGUCCUAAUGAUUAAGUUGCUCAACUGAAAUAUCAGGGCAUGAGGUCCCAAGCCUCCACUGAGAGACUAUAUUUUUUUAUUGCAAGGCAUAAAAUUCCCCUUAUAGCUAUUCAAGAACCAUUCAGUAGGGAAGAAAAAAUUGAUGACUACAAAAAAGAGCCUGCUAUGCAGGAAGGAUUCUCUAAUUGUAGUAACAAAAUUUGGAUUUUUUGGAAUCACACUUUGAAUUGCUCCAUGCAUUCAAGUGAAGACCAAAUGGUUACCUGUAAGAUUUGUCAGAAUGAUAAGGUUUUCUAUACUUUCGUGGUGUAUGUUAAUCUUCUAGUGCUGGCAGGGAAGACUUAUGGGGGUACAUGAGAAUAUUUGCAACCACUAUCAAUGAACCUUGGGUGGUCACAGGGGAUUUCAACACCAUACUUGUAGCUGAGGAGAAAGUUGUGGGAAAUCCUCAUAAAUUAAGUAAAAACAUAUCAUUUAUGGAGUGUCUCAAUGAUUGUGGCCUCAAAAAUAGUGGCUAUACAGGGCAGAGUUUUACUUGGUGUAAUGAGAGAAAGGAACAACAAAUUAUCUGGUAAAGGCUUGAUAGAAUGACUCAAAAUGAGGAAUUAGAUGAGAUAUUCCCUAUCACUAAGUUGCAACAUCUACCAAGAGUUGGCUCAGAUCAUUGUUCUCUUCUUAUAACUUGUGAAAAUCCCUAGGAAAAUCAUAUCAAGUACUUCAAAUUCUUGAACUUUUGGGGGAGGGUUGUGAAGGUUUUCAGGAGGUUGUAAAAAACAACCGGCAUUCACAUACCAAUGGCAACAUUUUUUGGGAAGUCCAACAAAAACUCAAAAACACUAGCAAAGCUCUCAACAACUGGUCUAAAAAUAAGCUUGGCAAUAUUUUUGAAAUUACCCAGAUGCUAAAAGAGAAGGCCAAUAAUCUUGAGCAAGUUUACUUGGGAAGUUUGGAUCAGGAGGAUGGACAAAGCUAAAGCUGAGCUUAUCAAGCAUCACAAACAUGUAGACAAUUUCUGGAGACAAAAAGAAAACCUCAAGUGGAAUCUUGAGGGAGAUGAGAAUAUCAAAUACUUCCAUUUCAUAAUGAGAGGCAGAAGGAAAUACCUAUAAAUACACAGAAUCCUUGAAAACGAUCAAUGGAUAGAAGGAAGUGAAGAAACUGGAGAAGUUGCUGUGAAAUUCUGUAAGAAUUUAUUCUCAUAAGUUGGCCAAUGUAUUGAUUUAAGCAUUAUGGAGCAUAUUACAAAAAUUAUAACAGAAAGGGACAAUCAAUUGCUCCUGAAUAGUCCAAAUGAGGAAGAAAUUCAAAGAGCUGUUUUUGACAUCAACCCAAACAGUGCAGCUGAGCCAGAUGGAUUUAGUGGUCUUUUUUUUUUUUCCAAAGACCUAGAAGAUCAUUGGUGAUGAUAUCAAUAAAAUGGUCCUGGAAGUCUUCACUGGAGAACAACUCACUAGAUAGUAUACUGACACUUGCUUGAUGUUAAUACCUAAAGUGGAUGCCCUUCAAUCUUUUUCUGAAUUCAGGCCUAUCAGCCUUAGUAAUGUUACACAGAAGAUAGUGUCUAAACUGCUGAAUUCGAGGUUAGCUACUUUACUUCCUAAAGUUAUUUCUUCUAAUCAGAGUGGUUUUAUUGUAGGCAGAGCUAUUGGAGAGAAUAUCCUACUUGCUCAAGAGAUCAUUCAUGAGAUCAAACCUACCAACAAAGGGGGCAAUGCACUUUUCAAGAUAGAUAUGAAUAAAGCAUGUGAUAGAAUAUCUUGGCAUUUCAUCUACACAGUUAUGAGGAAGAUGAGCUUUAAUGAAAGCUGGAUACACCUAAUUAGGAACUUGAUGUCUAAUAUGUGGUAUAUUGUCAUCAUUAAUGGAAAAAGACAUGGCUUCUUUAAAUCAAAAAGAGGAUUCAAAUAGGGAGAUCCUAUAUUACCUUCUUUUUUUAUAAUAGCUUUUGAAUGUUUGUCUUCAUUACUAAAUAAUUUAUUUAAUAAUUCUAAAUUUCAUUUUUCACUAUGGAUUCUAAUGGACCUAGGAUAAAUCAUCUUGCUUAUGUUGAUGACCUGAUUAUUUUUUGCACAGGAAAAACCAAAACUUUGAAGCUUAUCACAAAAUGUUUGACAAAUUAUGAAAAAAGUUCUGGACAACUAAUCAAUAGAAGCAAGAGUUGCUUCAUAAUGGAUGAUAUAAUCUCUCAAAAGAGAAUAAAAAUUGUGGCAGACAUACUUCAGGUAAGGAAAGAAAAUUUCUCAAUUACUUAUCUUGGGUGCCCUUUGUUUGCAAGAAGGAAGAAGAUAGGAUUCUUUACAGCUAUGGCAACCAAAAUCCUUCAAAAGAUUGGCUCAUGGGAAAGCAAUCAACUGUCUUUAAGAGGAAAAAUUAUUUUGGUGAAACAUAUUCUAAAUGCAGUACCAGCUCAUCUCCUUUCUAUUUGUCAACCACCAAAAAUAAUUCUGAAGCAAAUGGAAGGAAUGUUUGCUAAUUUCCUUUGGGAGAGCAAUAAUGGAAAAUAAAAGUAUCAUUGGGCUGCUUGGAUAAUUUUGUUAUCCAUGUGAAGAGGGUGGAAUAGGGAUCAGGUCCAUACAUGAUAUUUCAGAGCGUAUGGGUGCCAACUUAUGGUGGCAAUUCAGAACUAGAGAUAGUACCUGGAGUCAGUUCAUGAAGGUCAAAUACUCAAAUAUUCAAAAAGAAUCCAUGACAUGGCUAGAAAAUGGAGUUACAAACAUUCUCACAAUUGGAGAAGAAUGAUGAAGAUCAGAGAUCAGGUCGAUCAUCACAUCUUAUGGUUAAUCAACAAAGGAAACUAUAACUUUUGGUGGGAUAACUGGACAGGAUUGGGGAAGCUCAGUCAGUUUGGAAAUGUCUCAACUUCUCUCAAAACAAAGGUAUCUGAUUACAUGAAUACUAGUGGCUGGAAUAUGAUCAAGAUAAAGCAAUAUCUUCCUAAUGACAAGGAUUGAUAACAAUGAUGAAAAUUUCUCAUGUAAAUCAGCUUGGGAUAUUUUCAGAUGCAGAGGAGAAGUACUUCACUAGUUGACAGGUUGACUUGGCACAAGAAACUACCUUUCAAAAUUUCCUUCUAUGGAAAUUUCUCACGCACAAAGUGGUUGUAGACACUAAUGUCAUCAAUUAAGUUCAAGGUUCACCUACCUUUAAGAUGUUCAUGCUACAUUAGAUAUGAGCAAGAAGGUUCAUAGUUGUUUGAGGCAUCAAAUUACUUCAUGGUGGAUGUCAAGAGGAAACAACCCUUUACAGAGUUUCCUGCUGCAAAUCAUGCCAAGAAUCAUUAUAUGGAAAAAUUGAAAAUCAAUAUGCAAAUCCAGAUUUGAGAAUAUCAAGAUGAGGUAAGCUACAAUCAAGUACAACAUUAACCUGCAAGCUGUCAUAGUGUCUCGCAAGCAAUUGAACAUGAUCAACCCUUUUAUAAAAGGGGAGGACCUGUAUGGGUUACUAUAUCAGGCAUGUAAUUAUAUGAUCCAUACCUCUGUCAAAAGGAACAAACCUAAUUCUAGUUUUGUUAAGUUAAACAUUGAUGGUUGUGCCAACGGAAACCCUGGCCCCAAUGGUGGAGGGGGUUUAACCAAAGAUAAUUAAGGUUGGUUGAUUGCAGCCUAUGAAAAAUCUUUUGGCAAUAACACUAACAAUGUAGCAAAAUAAAUGGCCUUACAAAUUGGCAUAGAGUGGUGUCUGGGUAAUGGUUUCAGAAGAAUAGAGAUUGAGGUGGAUUCAAAACUAUUAGUCAAUACAUCAAAAUCACCAUGGAACAUUUGGGACAUAACCAACAACAUAAAGAGAAUGUUGGAGUAGUUGGAAGAAUAGAAGAUAAAACAUGCAUCAGGGAAGGCAACAAAGUUACAGACAAAUUAGCGAUCUGGGGCAUGAAUUGCAAUGAGCUUAUAUGGAUCCAUCAACACCAGCUUCUUCCUAAGGAAGUAAGAGGAGAGAUUUGUAUGGAUAGAUUGAACCUACCUUCCUUUAAUUAGGAUCAAACCUGUAAUGAAUUCUUUCACCGUGAAUAGAAGCAUGUAUAGAACCUACACCUUUGAUGUUCCUUGAGGUUAGCUAUAGCUGUGAAGUGUAGGGAUUUCCCAAAUUUUUUGAGAGCUUGCUAGAAAUCAAUUUUCCCAUAGAUUGGAGCAUGUUCCAGUCUAAAUAGGUGUUGGGAGUUAUUUUCUGAUAGCUAUGUAAAUAUUGUAAAUAUUCUCUUCCUUAUGUAUAGUAAUUAGGUCCUAUAAUUUAGCCGAGUAUCAUUCUGAUAGUGAGAUACCUACUUUGUAUAUAAUGACUUUCAUACAUCAAUACAAAUCACGGAUUGAUUUCCUACAUGGUAUCAGACUAGGUUUCUCCUAAAAUCCCUAGCUUCCUAAACCCUAGCCGUCCACCUCCCUCUUCUCUCCUAACCCUAGCCGUAGCCGCCACCCCUUCCUCCUCUCUCUUCUCUCUUCAAUGGCUGACAACAAACAUUUCCAUUCUGCUUUAACCGUCACGAAUGUGAAAUCUUUAAUCCCAAUCACUCUAGACAUGGAAACCGACAAUUAUCACAAAUGGGCGACACUAUUCAAAGUUCUAGCCCGCGUCCACUCCAUACUUGAACACAUCAUACCACCAACUGACACCAUUGCACUCACCAACCCCAACUUCUUAUGAUUUUUUGGACCAUGGGAUUUCUCCAUAUACCCUGCAUUUUCUGUCACGGCCUUCUCCACCCGUCGUUCCCUCAGUCCAGCCCCUCCCCCCACUGCUGAGCAGCCCCUCCCCCCCGCUGCUUCACCCGGACUGCCCAGCAGCCCUCUCCCCCCACUGCCCAGCAGUCCAACCCCACGGUCACUGCCCCACAGCCCCUACCCCCCACUGCCCCACCCGUGACUGCCCAGCAGCCCACCCGCAUGGUCACUAGAAGCCAACAUAGGAUUUUUAAGCCCAAACAACCGUUCAACUUAAAUACUUCUAACACUCCCUCCAUCUCGCAUAUUCCACGAAAUCCUGUCAGUGCUCUAAAUGACCAAAAUUGGAAAGCUGCCAUGGUUGAUGAAUAUAAUGCUCUAAUUAGUAAUAAGACGUGGGAGUUGGUUCCACGUCCCACUGAUGUGAAUCUUAUUCGUUCUAUGUGGAUUUUUCGUCAUAAAAAGAAAUCUGAUGGUUCUUUUGAGAGGCACAAAGCCCGUUUUGUCUGUGAUGGCAGGUCUCAAUAGGUUGGAGUUGACUGCGAUGAGAUUUUCAGUCCGGUUGUCAAAUCGGCUACUAUUCGCGCUGUCUUGAGCAUUGCACUUGCACACUCUUGGCCCAUUCAUCAGUUGGACGUCAAGAAUGCUUUCCUACACGGUAAUCUUAAUGAGACUGUUUAUAUGCAUCAGCCUAUUGGGUUUAAGGAUCCAAAGCAUCCACAUCAUGUCUGUUUCUUGAAGAAAUCGUUGUACGGACUUAAGCAAGAUCCCCGUGCAUGGUUCCAACGCUUUGCAGACUAUGUCUCCAUUAUUGGUUUUUCACAUAGCCGAUCUGAUCACUUUCUCUUUAUUUAUUGUCGAGGUUCUGAUAUUGCUUACAUUCUGCUAUAUGUUGAUGAUAUUAUUCUCACAGCUUCCUCAGAUGCUCUCAGAAAAUCUAUCAUGUCUCUGCUUAGUGCCGAAUUUGCUAUGAAGGAUUUGAGCCCUCUAAGCUAUUUUCUGGGUAUCGUUGUUACCCGGACUUCACACGGCAUGUUUCUCUCUCAGAAAAAUUAUGCAGCAGAUAUUAUAGAGCGUGCGGGCAUAACUGCCUGUAAGCCAAGUCAGACACCGGUCGACACCAAAGCCAAACUUGGUGCCACGGCCGGGCCUCCUUGCGAUGAUCCCACCCAAUAUCGUAAGUUGGUCGGCGCGUUGCAAUACCUUACAUUCACAAGACCAGACAUCUCCUAUGCGGUUCAACAAGUAUGCCUUCACAUGCAUGAUCCAAAGGUUGCACAUAUGCAUGCUCUUAAACGCAUAGUCCGAUACAUUCAAGGUACUAUUGAGUUUGGUCUCCAUCUGUACAAAUCCUCCAUUGCCUCUCUUGUUUCUUAUACAGAUGCAGAUUGGGGUGGUUUUCCAGACACUCGCCGAUCCACAUCAGGUUACUGUGUCUUCCUUGGCGAUAAUCUCCUCUCAUGGUCAUCCAAACGGCAACCUACUAUGUCUAAGUCGAGUGCCGAGGCCGAAUACCGUGGCGUCGCUAAUGUCGUCUCUGAGUCCUGUUGGCUUCGCAACCUUCUUUUGGAGCUCUGUUGUCCCAUCCGGACAACUACAUUGGUUUAUUGUGAUAAUGUUAGUGCCAUAUACCUAUCAGGUAAUCCAGUUCAGCACCAACACACUAAACAUAUUGAGAUGGACAUACAUUUCGUACGUGAGAAAGUUGCCCGUGAAGAAGUUCGUGUUCUUCACGUCCCGUCCCGUUACCAGAUCGCAGAUAUCUUCACUAAAGGUCUUCCGCACGUGCUUUUUGAUGAUUUCAGGGACAGUCUAAGCGUACGACAACCUCCCGCUUCGACUGCGGGGGUGUGAUAGACUAUGUAAAUAUUGUAAAUAUUCUCUUCCUUAUGUAUAGUAAUUAGGUCCUAUAAUUUAGCCGAGUAUCAUUCUGAUAGUGAGAUACCUACUUUGUAUAUAAUGACUUUCAUACAUCAAUACA